AUGAGGAUUCUUUGUUGGAACUGCCGAGGUGUUGGUAAUCCUCGUGCAGUUACUGCUAUGAAGGAUCUUGUUUUUUAUUAUAAACCUUCUAUUUUAUUUCUUAUGGAAACUAAAGUUCAUGGUGUAAGAAUGAAUCAAAUAAAGAACCUUUUGCAUUAUUCGAAUUGUUUUUCUGUUGAUAGUAUUGGUAUUGGUGGGGGUUUAUCUUUGAUGUGGAAUACUGAUGUUCAGUUACAAGUUUCUUACUUUUCUUCAAAUUUUAUAGACUGCACUAUUGGUACUGGCUCUGCUCAAUGGUGUUUUACAGGGUUCUAUGGUUGUCCUGAACCAACUCGCCGCCGUACUUCUUGGAACCUGUUGCGUGAGCUAUCUUCACAUAAUGAUUUACCUUGGUUAUGUUGUGGGGAUUACAAUGAUAUUGCAGCGCCUGAAGAGAAGAGUGGGGGUCCUCUUCGAGCUUCUCAUCUUAUUUUUGGUUUUCGGGGGGCGUUGUUAGAUUCUGGUUUGUCUGAUAUAAUGGCUCGUUUCUUUCUUAUACUUAUAGAGAGGGGACUCCAUUUUGUUCUAAAGAAAGAUGCUUUAUCUUCAAUUUUGGUUGCUCCCGUGUCUGAUCACAACCCUUUGGUAGUUGAAAUUACUGCUCCUACUUGUUAUCUAGGGAGUAGGCGUUUCCAUUUUGAUAAUUCAUGGCUCGAAGAUCCUGAGCUGGGUGAGGUUGUUUCAAAAGCAUGGGCAGAGGGGGUUCGGUUGGACUUUCUUGCUAGAAAGGAUUUUACUGCCAAUCGUAUUGUGCAGUGGGGUCGGAACAGAAAUAAAUUGAAACGGGCUCAGAAAGAUAUGAUCAGAAAACGGCUUGAAGAAGAUCUUGAUUCGGAAUUAUUCUCUGGUGCAGUUGCCGAUUUUGGUGAGGUGAUUAGCUUGGUUGAACCGAAAGUUGAUUCUCAUGAUAAUGCUAUGUUAACUGCAACUUUUAUUGAUGAAGAAUUCAGGCACGCUCUUUUCCAAAUGAAUCCAGAUAAAGCGCUGGGAUUAGACGGCCUUAACCUAGCAUUUUUUCAGAGGCAUUGGAAGAUUCUUGGUCCGGAUAUUGGUAAAGCUUGUCGCGAAUGGUUGGCUAGAGGUGCACUUCUAGCUAAUAUUUCAAAUACUUUGCUGAUGUUGAUCCCUAAAUGUGAUAAUCCGAUGUUGUUGAAGGAUUUUAGGCCUAUCGCUCUAUGCAAUGUGGUGUAUAAAAUUUUAUCUAAAGCUUUGGCUAACCAUUUUAAGAGAGUAUUAGAUAAGAUCAUUUCCCCUAAUCAGUCGGCAUUUGUCCCCGGUCGUCUGAUAACUGAUAAUUUUAUUGUUGCUUUUGAAACUAUACAUGGUUUAAAGCAACAAACUAGGGGAUCUGAUGGUUUUUGCGCUUUGAAAAUUGAUAUUGCUAAGGCAUAUGAUAGGGUUGAUUGGGCCUAUUUAAGUGCAAUGUUGUCUGCUUUGGGGUUCUCUACUACCUGGAUUGGUUGGAUGUGCAUGUGUUUUUCAGAUAUUAUUUACAAAAUUGCUCUUAAUGGUUCUGAGAUUGGGCCAGUUAUUCCAACGAGGGGGUUGCGUCAAGGUGACCCGAUUUCACCUUAUCUUUUUUUGAUUGUUGCUGAGGGCUUGUCUUUGCUUUUUCAGAACAGAGAGAGUCUGGGGCUUAUUCAGGGUUGUCCAGCAAAACAGGGUUGUCCCAGAAUUUCUCACUUGUUUUUUGCUGAUGAUUCUCUGCUCUUUUUUAAGGGCACAGUCAUGGAGGCCUCACAGGUGAAAUCUCUUUUAGCAGUUUAUGAAAAGGCGUCUGGGCAGUCUAUUAAUUUUGACAAGUCUACUAUCAUGUUCAGUCCUUGCAUUCGUGAUGAUAUUUGCAUUGCAGUUUCUACGGUUCUCAGUGUUCAUCAAUCUCUGGGUACUAGUACUUAUUUGGGACUGCCUUCGCUGGUUGGAAGGAGUAAAAAGCAAAUCUUCAGUUUUCUGAAAGAUCGGAUAUGGAAACGUAGUAAUAGCUGGAAUAACAGAUUUCUCUCACGGGCUGGACGUGAGGUCCUUAUUAAAGCAGUUCUUCAGGCUAUCCCUGCAUACUGUAUGAAUGUGUUUUUACUCCCAUUGGCUACAUGUAAUCAAUUGCAGAAAGGGGAUGGUGGUAUGGGUUUCCGUGAUCUGCGGUGCUUCAAUGCUGCGUUGUUGGGUAAGCAGGGGUGGAGGAUUUUAUCCGACAUAAACUCUCUUCUAUAUAAUGUGCUCAGAGCAAAAUAUUUCCCAUCGGGGGAUUUUAUGUCAGCUUCGUUAGGUUCUAACUAUAGCUAUGUUUGGAAGAGUGUUCACUCAUCUCAACAACUGUUGGUGCGGGGUACUCGUUGGAGAGUGGGAGAUGGUAGAAGCAUUUUUGUUAAGAAUAAUCCUUGGUUGCCAAGUGAUUCAAAUUUUGUGCCGAAUGAUCCUAUGUUCAUUGAUGAUGCCAUACAUGUUAGUGAUCUGUUUGUGCCUGGAGAGUUGCGAUGGGAUUUGGAGAAGGUGUUGAAUAUUUUUUCCAUGGAUGAUGUGCGAUCUAUUCUAGCUAUUCCUUUGCCACUUAAUCCUAGACCGGAUAAACUUAUUUGGCAUUUCGAGAAGAGAGGCUUUUAUAUGGUCAAAACAGCAUAUUAUUGUGUGCUUUCUAUGCUUGGUCGGCAUCUAAGGGUGGGUACAUCGGACUUGUGGAAGAAGGUGUGGGCUCUUGAUGUCCCUCCAAAGGUUCGGGACUUUAUAUGGAGAUUGUUUCGUGGUGUUUUGCCUACUCGAGACAAUUUGGCUAGGAGAGGUGUCGACGUUCCAUUGGGGUGCUUGUUUUGUGAUGCAAAUGAGUCUAUUGACCACCUUUUCUUUCUUGUCCCAUGGGAACGUGCUUCAAGAUUGGCAGUUCAUGCAUGGAAAGUUUGGCAUACAAGGAAUGAGUUAGUGUGGAAUAAUAAGGUGUUGACACCUCCGGCUAUCCAUAAUGUUGCCAAUACUUUUUAUACAGAUUAUCUUCAUUGUGGUCUUGAUAAGCAAUGUGCACCAGGUCCGAGUCUUCUCUCUAUUAAUGCAGGUUCGGCUUCUAGUGCAUUGGAUUGGCUAGCUUAUGUGGAUUGUGCCACUUUCUCAACUUCGGAUUUGUUUGGAUUUGGUGCUGUGUUCGAAGAUGCUGAAGGAGUUUUUUUAAUUGCAAUUUCUGGUUAUACUAAGGGCCGUGGUUCUCCUGCUAUUGCUGAGGCAUUGGCCUUGCGUCAAUGUUUAAUGUAUGCUCGUGAUGCUUUCCUGCAGGCUGGAAGUAUUUUCAUUGAUAGUCAGAUUUUAUUAUUCGCCUUUCGCUCAAAUUUGGAGGACUUUUCUGAGUUUGGCGUCAUUGUUUCGGAUUGUAAAGAUAUUCUACUUCUUUGUCCAAAUAUUUCGUUAUGCUGGAUUAGACGUAGUGCGAAUAAGGCUGCUCAUCUGUUAGCAAGACAGUCUAUUCGUUUUGAUCGUUUUAAACUCUAG